AUGAUGAUCAGGCAUAGAAAUACGAGUGAGACGUUAGAAGAAAUAAAGGAGACAGAAGAGUGUGAACCUACAUCCUGGGACCCUCUAACAGAAGUAGUAAAAUUUAUUGAAAGACACUCUAAGCCCUUAGAGAAGCUUUUUGACAAAUUGCCUGUUUUUUUAAGAUCUUUAGUCGCAACGCUUGGUCUCAUCACAUUUGGCGCUACUUUAAGAGGAGAAUGGGUGAUAAUACUUGUGACAGCCUUCAAGCAAAUCUCUGGACACACUCAGGGCGAGCGAAGGAUGAACUCAGAUGAGAUCUACAAAUUAUUCACAUCUAAAAACUUGAAGAUGGAGCACUUUACUCUUAUUUUCCUAUGUGCACAUGCCGUGUCGUUUAUUAUGUACUUCACUCUAAGCGGGUUUUUGCAUUGGUACUUUUACGUUCGGAAACGACAUUUGGCGCACGAGUGGAAGAUACAGCCUACUAAGUGGUUAUCAUCAGAGUAUGAACUCGAUGAGAUCAAGCACGGUAGUAUUGCCCUCCUCGUGGCAGGCUCCGUGUCAGCAUUCAUUGCGUGCUAUAUAUUCAAUGAAAACCCGUCGUCAGUAUACUUCCAAUUCGAUGAAUACGGCUGGUUGUGGUUCUUCUUGCAGUUUCCUGUCAUUUUUAUUUAUAUUGACUAUACAACGUAUUUCAUACAUCGUCUCUACCACACUCCAUGGUUUUACCGUAAAUUCCACAAGAUUCAUCACAAAUAUAAACAGCCCACUGCCUUCUCUGCCACUGCUAUACAUCCAGUAGAGAUUUUGCAUUUCCAGCUAACCAUGUGCACUCCGCUCUUCAUCAUGCCGGUACACUGGUUGCCAUUCUACGUAAUAAAUAUGUAUAACUACUACCACGGUAUCAUUGACCACUCGGGUAUUAAAUUUGAGUCGUACUGGUGGCAGCCGUGGCAACCUUCAUCCACUUUCCAUGACCAACACCAUGAGUUCUUCCAUUGUAACUUUGGAUUCAACUUAACACUAUGGGAUAAGUUGCACGGAACUAUGAGGAAGACUAACCAAGUGUAUUCCGAGGACAUUUACUAUGGGAAAGCUAUAGACUCGACCAAUAUUAAAGACGUGGCAGACACAGAUCUAAAUGUUAAUAAAAAUCUUGGAAAGACAAAAGCUUACUUUAAUAAACAA